UCCUGACUGAAAUUAAAAUACCCUGCAAGGGUAUUAAAAUAAUAAACAAGUCUCUGGGAAAUGGUGAAGUUCAUGCAGCCUUUGCAAUCAUUGUCCAAAAAUUAAGUAUAUAUAGUCUAUGAAAAGCCUGUAUUAACCAAAUUCCAAUAUCAUGCUCUAUGUGGAGUUAUUUGACGCCUUCGGUGACCUAUUAAUCGGCUGUUGCAAGAAAUAUGCCGUUUGCUGGAUAAUCCUGGCGGUUGCCGUGGUGGGCGUUACCGUGGGCCUGGUCUUUGGACUUCGUGGCAAGACGGAGGAGCCCCGUCGGAUGGGUGCCGUGGCCUCCAAUGGCAUGGGCUGUGCCGAGGUGGGUGGCAACAUUCUGGAUAUCGGAGGAUCUGCGGCAGAUGCGGCCAUUGCCACCAUGCUGUGUGAGGGCGUUAUGCUGCCACAUAGCUUGGGUGUGGGCGGUGGCUUUGUGGCCACCAUAUACUCCAAGGAGACGGGAUUCAUUGAGACGCUGAUUGCUCGGGAAACGGCGCCGGCAGCAUCAACCCAGGACAUGUUCGUGGGACGUGAGAUUACCGGUGCCAUUUCCAGUGCAAUUCCCAGCGAGAUUUUUGGAUAUUCCAAGCUCCAUGAUAAAUAUGGUCGGCUGCCGUGGAAGAUGCUCUUCCAGCCAACGAUUGAUCUCUGUCGACGCGGCAUCGAGGUGUCCCGGUAUCUGGCCGGUGUCCUCGAGCGUGAGGAGGAGCGCAUCAGGAAAGAGCCCUCCAUGGCCGAGAUCUUUAUCAAUCCGAAGACAGAUAAUGUGUACAAGCAGGGCGAGAUUAUGUACCGUCACCGGCUGGCCGAGACCCUGGAGAUUGUGGCCGAUGAGGGUGCCCAGGUAAUAUAUGGCGGCGGCAGGGUGGGCCGGAAGCUGGUCGAAGAUAUUCAAGAGAUGGGUGGAAUUAUCACCGAGGAGGAUCUGCAGAAAUAUGAUGUUCGUUGGGAGCUGCCACUUCAUUCCCGCUUCAAUGGUGGCUACGAACUGUUCACUUCACCGCUGCCCACCAGCGGAGCUGUGCUCACCUUCAUCCUGAACGUGAUGGAACCGCUUUUUACAAGCAACACGGACAAGUAUUGGCAGCGCCUCAUCGAGACUUUCAAGCAUGCCUACGGUCAUCGGACCAAUUUGGGCGAUAUACACUAUGAACCAGAUGUCCAGGAGGUGUACGAGAACCUUAUUGAUCCGGCCUUUGCAGCAGAGAUCCGGAAAUUAGUCCGUGACAAUACCACUUUCGAGGAUAUGUCCUAUUAUGGAGCGAAUUUCACCAAUGUGGAGGAUCAUGGCACGGCGCAUAUUUCCGUGCUGGCACCCAAUGGUGAUGCCAUUUCAGUGACCAGCACAAUUAAUAGCCCUGGGGCCAAGGUGCGGUCUCGCCAGACAGGUAUUAUACUCAACGAUGAGAUGGAUGACUUUAGCACACCGGGUAAGGUUAACACCUAUGGGAUACCCGCUAGUCCGGCCAACUACAUUAAGCCGGGCAAGCGGCCCAUUUCCUCCACCUGUCCCAGCAUCGUUCUGGACACGCAUGGCAAUGUGAAGUUAAUUGUGGGCGGUGCCGGUGGCUCUAAGAUUACCACUUCGGUGGCUCAGACCAUUCUCCGGUACUUUGUGCUCAACGAGCCCAUCGAACGGGCGGUGAAUGCCGGUCGACUGCAUCAUCAACUGGCACCGAUGACGGUCGAUGUGGAGCCGGAUGUGCCAAGGCAUACGGUGGCCUAUCUGCGUGCCAUCGGGCAUGAGGUGAAUUUCCUGGAGAACGACAAGGCCUAUUCCGCCCAAACGGCCAUUGGGAUAAUGAGCAGUGAGCCGCAUCCUGUCUGCGAUCGCAGAAGAGUGGGCAGUAGUGCCGUUGUCGUGGAACCGGAGAGAUUGGAUUGAGUCCGGAAGCAUACAUAGAUCACUCAUUAUU